AUGGCAUUCCCUCUGCCGCGGGGCAUUACGCCCUCGGAGAUCGCCUUCUUGGCCGAGAUGGAAUUGGUGUCCGUCGUGCCUCGUCAACGCUUAGAAGGCCUAGAACUGCUCGGGGGUCCUAUUGAACCUCUCGUACCUCCUCGACGCGCCUCACUCCCCCUAUGGCUUGCUCUACUUUUAAAACGCCAACGGCGCGCCAAUAUCAUGCCGCCGCCAUGGUUGCACCCUGAGCCGCUCAAGCUCAUCCUCGAGGUCGAAUCCCAUCACGAAGAUUACAAAAAUGCUUUCUCUCCUCCACCCCCUCUACCAGGUCAGCCUAGUGUGCGUGACCAUGGCCUCGAAUCUAAAGCUCGGCCACAGUACACUCGCGACGGCGAGAGGUACCUUGCUGCACCGCCAUUCUUACCACAGAAUGUUGCACAAACGAAUAUAUCCUCUAGGGAUAUACCUUCAUUGCCGUUUCAUUGGAUCGAGGUCGCGAAUAUGCUGUUGGAUGCUGCUAGUGAUGAUCUAGUUGACCCGGACCAAAUCCGACGGCUCUUGAAAGACCUGCGCGAAGUGCGCAUGGCUAAGAUACGGUCUGGAGUUGAUGCGCUGGACGCUGCUGCCAGUGGUGGUGGAGGAGUCGCACUAACGGGUGUUGGUGCCAUGGAGAUGGGUGAAGAGCGUGGUUUCUUGGCUGGCGUGGUGGAUAACCUUCGGAAAAUCGGUGCCUCCAAAGAACAAGCACGACGAGAACAGCUGGCAGAGCAACGGGCUAAUGGGGGUUAUGAUGAAGCUCAAGAUGACGAGGACGAUGACAUGGAGUUUUAG